CUAGGACAUAUCAAAAAGCCACUUUAAUCAUCAUGCAAAUUCCAUAUAACAACGGUAGCCCAGAGCCGUACGGCCAGCCAAAUGGGCCCCGCGGGUCCUCGCCUUACUCCCAGUCGCCAUCUCAUCACCACACUCCUUCCCAACCCCCAUACGGUCCUCCUUCCCAAGGUUAUGGGCAGCAGGGUUAUCAGCCGUACACGCCGCCGCCUCAGCAGACGUACGGUCGAUACGACGACUAUCAGCCGCCGGCACAGUAUGGAGGACCUAGGCCCUCCCAGGGCCAAUACGAGCCGCCAUAUCAGAGCCACUCGCCUUACUACUCUCCCGGCUCACAGCCGCCAGUUCAGCAGGGUGCUGCAGCGGACUACUUGAGCCAGGGACAACAAGGUCCUCCUCCUCCGGGCAGUAAUUCUGAGGAGGACCGUGGAGUGAUGGGUGCUCUGGCCGGCGGAGCAGCCGGCGCCUGGGCAGGCCACAAAGUCCACCACGGGUUCCUGGGGGCUCUAGGCGGUGCUUUUGCCGGCCACAAGCUCCAGGACGCCGUGCAAGACCACAACAAGCACAAGAAGGACGAGGAGAAGUAUCACAAGCACUCACCCUCCCCGCCUCCGCAGCACCAACAGCAGCAGCACCAGCACCAGCAGAGGUCUUACGCAGGCAACUUCACGGCAUCAUGUACGCAGAUGAGCCUGGACGGGGACUUGGAUCUCAUCGCGUCCUGCGGGCGGGUCGACGGCAGUCGAAAGUUGAGCUCCAUCAGCCUGAACCGCUGCCUGACGAACGCGGAUGGGCAUCUGUACUGGGAGAGGGACGGGAACUUUGCUGCGUCGGCGAGGAACGUGCGCCUCGUGGACGGGGGACGGGUGCUGGAGGCUGAGUUGAAGAACUGUGGGGGACAGUGGGUAUGGGAUCGAAUUGUGCUGGAUGAGAAGAUCUCGAACGACAACGGGAACCUGGUGAUGCUCUGAAAGCUCACGAAGACCUAUGGUCUGAGAUCCUUUGGGGACAGGAAGUCGUCAGCGCGGGAUCACUUGUAUCAGGUCGAAUUGUAUAGCGUUCUUCACAGGCCUCCAAUAUACUCAAUAUACUGGCU